AUGCUGGCCUACAUCCUCCUCCGGCAGAUUGGGAGCAAGCAGCUCAGCCUGCCGUACCGCCUCUGCAGCCUCUUCGCGCUGUGCCUCACCUUCUGGUGCAUUCUCCUCCUCAUCAGCUCCCUCCAGAGCCUCACAGGCAUCUCGACGUCUGAUCUGCUGGUACGCCUGCGCAGAGCCAAGACGGUCCCCACGGCCAAGGACCCAAAGGCGGUCGACCCGCAAGACGUCUGCCCGGGCUACACGGCCACACGCGUCACAGAGACGUCACGCGGCUUCACGGCCCAGCUCAGGCUGGCGGGAGAGCCCUGCAACGUGUACGGGCACGACAUUGAGGACCUCACGCUCGUCGUGGAGGCGCAGGACGUCGACAGGCUGCACAUCGAGAUCCUGCCGACAUAUAUCGGCGCCGAGAACUAUACCUGGUUCGUCCUGCCCGAGGAGCUGGUCCCGAAGCCGAGGAGCGUGUCGGGCAAGGCGUUCAACGCAAAGCACGCCGACCUGGUCUUCUCGUUUGGAAAUGAUCCGACCUUUGCGUUCGAGGUCGCCAGGCGGAGCUCGGGGGAGGUGCUGUUCAGCACGGCCGGCACCAAGAUUGUGUACGAGGACCAGUUUAUCGAGUUUCGCUCGUCCCUGCCAAAGGACUACAACCUCUACGGGCUGGGGGAGACGAUGCAUUCUCUCAGACUUGGCAACAAUUUGACUCGCACGCUCUUUGCCGCCGACGUGGGCGAUGUCAUCGAUGCCAAUCUCUACGGCAGUCACCCGUUCUACCUCGAGACACGCUACUACAAGGUCGACAAGCAGACCGGAACCAGGACCUAUGUCAGCAACAUCACGACCGCAGAGGACAAGAAGGCCGACUACGAGUCCGAGUCGCACGGCGUCUUCCAGCGCAACGCCCACGCGCAGGAAGUCCUCCUGCACCCAGAAAGAGUCACCUGGCGCGCCAUCGGUGGCGGCAUUGACUUGUAUUUCUACGCCGGGCCGAGCCAGGAGGCCGUCACCAAGACGUAUCAGACGAGCACGGUCGGCCUGCCGGCGAUGCAGCAGUACUGGACUUUUGGGUACCACCAGUGUCGUUGGGGUUACAGAGACUGGACGGAGCUGGAGAGAGUGGUUGACAGAUUCGAGAAGGCGCGGAUCCCGCUCGAGACGAUUUGGAGUGACAUUGACUAUAUGAGGGGGUACCGCAACUUUGAGAACGAUCCGGAGAACUACCCUUACGAGGAAGGGAAACGUUUCAUAUCGCGCCUCCAUGCAUCCAAUAGGCACUAUGUUCCCAUCUUCGACUCGGCCAUAUAUGCCCCUGCUCAAAACGACACGAAGGACAGGUACCCGGCGUUCGAGCGUGGGCUCGAGGAGAAGGCAUUCGUCAUGAAUCCCAAUGGAACUGCAUACGUUGGUGAGGUGUGGCCAGGAUUUACCGUCUUCCCCGACUGGGUCGGCGCAGUGCUCAACGGCACAGGCACUAUCCGCUGGUGGAUCUCGGAGCUUGCGCGGUACCACGAGAAGAUCAAGUUUGACGGUGCAUGGGUAGACAUGUCCGAGGUUUCGUCGUUCUGUAAAGGCAGCUGCGGGAGCGAGAACCGGUCUUACAUACUCGGCCCUGACUACGAAUCGUUGCUUCCUAGAGCGGCCAUUGAGUCAGAAGGCUCGCAUGAAGCAGAAGACGCAGGUGGGCCUGGAGAACCGGUUGAGCUGGGAGAUGCAACAAAGCCAGAAGAAGCAGGGGACACAACCGCCGAGAACCCGGUCGUACAGGUAUCAAAGCCGCAUCGGGGACGGAGAAAUGUCGAACACCCCCCCUACAUAAUCAAUAACUGGAAUGGGGAGUUAGGGGGCAAGACUUUGAGCCCGGGUGCGGUGCAUCACGGCGGAUACCUCGAGUACGACUUCCACAACCUCUUUGGCCAUCUGAUUCUCAACGCGACCUAUCAUGCACUGCUCAAAAUCUUUCCAGAUAAGCGCCCGUUCAUCAUCGGGCGGUCGCAGUUUGCUGGAUCUGGCAAAUGGGCAGGACACUGGGGCGGCGACAACUACUCUCUCUGGGCGUACCUCUACCUGUCCAUCCCGCAAGCCCUCUCCUACUCGCUCUUCGGCUUCCCCAUGUUCGGUGUCGACGCGUGCGGCUUCAACGACGACAGCCACAUGGAGCUCUGCAGCCGCUGGAUGCAGCUGUCGGCCUUCUUCCCGUUCUACCGGAACCACAACGCGGAGAAGCUCAAGUCCCAGGAGCCGUACGUCUGGCCCGAGGUCGCGGAGGCCACGCGCACCGCGAUGGCCGUCCGCUACGCCCUCCUGCCGUACAUGUACACGACCUUCCACCUGAGCCACACGACGGGGUCGACCACGCUGCGCGCGCUGGCGUGGGAGUUUCCCCGGGAGCCCUGGUUGCGCGACGCGGACCGGCAGUUCCUGCUCGGCGGCGCGGUCAUGGUCACGCCGUGCCUCGAGAAGGGCGCGACGACGGUCGACGGCGUGUUCCCCGGCUCGGGGGCCGGGUCGGUGUGGUACGACUGGUACAACCACACCGCGGUCCGCGAGACCGGGCCGGGCCAGAACGUCACGAUCGACGCGCCCCUCGGGCACAUCCCCGUGUACGUGCGGGGCGGGCACGUGCUCCCGCUGCAGGAGCCGGCGAUGACGACGACCGAGGCGAGGCGAACGCCGUGGAGCGUGCUCGUCGCGCUGGACAGGGAGGGCGGCGCGAGCGGGGCGCUGUAUCUGGAUGACGGGGAGUCUCUGAAGCCCGAGGCCACGACGUGGGUCAAUUUUGCGGUCUCGGACUCCACGCUCAAAGUGACCAGGAAGGGCAACUUUGUGGACACGAACGCGCUGGGCAACGUCACAAUCAUGGGGAUUCCCGACGGCGACGACAACGGCGUCGGCGAAGUCAAGAUCAAUGGUAAGGCUGUGAAGGCGGGCACGUGGAUUUUCGACAAGAAGAGGAACUUGCUCGAGAUCAGGGGUCUGGACGAGCUGACCAAGAAAGGGGCAUGGGAUCAGGACUGGACAUUGUCGUGGGCGUCAAAGUAA